AUGUCUAUGAGGUCACAUUAUCUCCGCACCAUUCAUAACUAUAACAGUCAGGGCUUCCAGAUCAUUUACCUUGAUGAAUCGUUCCACUGGCUAUCGGCAGAUGGACUAAAAACACCCAUGGUACCAUCAGCGUUGGCUGUUGCCGACUCCCUGGUCCUGUGGAUAGGCCUACUCCCUAUGUGGGUGAGUGAACUCACAGGCUUCGACAUUCAAGAUCAGUCUGAAUGGCUCUGCCUUGUACCAUUCUGCGCCAUCACCAUCUUCAAUGUCCUCAUCGUCUGUCAGGCAUCAGUAUCUUUGAUCAACGUAGUACUCGGUCUUAGACAAAUGGCUAAAUUAAAUCUUGUUUGUACCAUCUCAGAACUGCUGAUGCCCUUGAAUCAUGCGAGCAAUAUCUUUCUGUACUGUAUGUUUGGGCAGAAAUUCCGAAAUGGUGUUCGAAAUGGAGGAUUUUUCGUACGAAAACAGAAAAAAACAUCCUAUUUCUCGACGAUGACAACCAUUUGACUAUUCGACCGAGUUGUCCUUAAUGACUGGAUUAAGUGAUUAUGGCCAUGAACAGAAAUGUGAGGGAACAAGGGUGUGAUAGUGUGUUCUCUAUUUUGGUCAGAUAAAAAAAAAAAAGAUAAAAAAUCUUAAAAAAUGUAUUUGGUUUGUUUAUUAAAACUGG